AGUACAUAUGGAUAUGAUUUUGUUGAGCCUUUCACGUGAAAGAUUUCCCGUAACUUUUUUGACAACCACUUUUAUAGAAUCUCAUAGAAGACAAUCUGUCCAUUUCUUUUAUUCUACAAUUCCAUCUUUUAUGGAAUAACCUCAAUUUUCACAUCUCACAUCGAUUCCUAUACACUCUACAAUCAUGACGAGUUUCCUAGGUAAUAACAAAGGUCUGGUCGACUUUGACCAGAAAAGCCUCGCAAUUGCGGCAGCAUCUAUUGCUUUCAAUCCUAUUUUCUGGAAUACCGUCGCCCGUCAAGAAGCACCUAUUGAUAUAAUUGCCCAAUUUUCAGAAUACCAUAACAAAAUUCUCACGAAACUCUUCAAUGGAAACUCAAGAUAUGGAUGUUACUUCCUCGCCGUCACCAUCUUUUCCCUCGGUAUCUUCCGCGAUUUCCUCUAUGAGCGCGCUCUUCGCUCUCAACCUACUCAUCCAUUGCUUCUCUCCCCCCUUGUCACAUAUGCAUCUUAUGCACUUCUUCUUGCCGGUAACACACUCGUCUUGAGUUCGAUGUGGGCUCUUGGUGUCACGGGUACAUAUCUCGGCGAUUAUUUUGGAAUCUUGAUGGAUAAGAUGGUGACGGGCUUUCCGUUCAAUGUUAGUAGUGCACCAAUGUACUAUGGGAGCACAAUGAGUUUCUUGGGUACAGCACUUCUGUGGGGAAAACCGGCGGGCAUUUUGCUCACGAUCGAGGUGUUGGUUGUUUAUCUUUUGGCACUGAGAUUUGAGGAUCCAUUUACAGCUGAAAUUUAUGCCAAGAGGGAAAGAGAGAGAAGUGGGAAGAAGGGGAAGAAGGGAUUGUAA